AUGUCAGAAAUAAAUUGCAAGUGCAAGCGAUGGGCUGUUAGCAUGAAAGCUUGUUUUGAAUCUGAUAAGUUCGAAUUGUUGUAUAGGAAAGGUGUUCAAUGUAUUCCACAUAAUGACUAUAUCCGACUGAAGAAUUACCAUCAUAGAGAAGAUGUACUAGCAGGACUCAUAGGAAAACUUUUACUUUUCUCUUCUGCUUCCAAGUUAUCUGAAGAACCGUGGAAUAUAAUUGAGUUUAAGAAGACGGAUAAAGGAAAACCGUAUCUUUCAAGCCCUAUUAAUCAGUCUUUCGGUUUGAACAUAUCUCAUCAGGGAGACUUUGUGGUAUUCGCUAGCAGUUGUUCUUCCCAAGUAGGAGUCGAUGUGAUGAGAAUCAAUUCUGAAAGAAAUAACAUGUCUGCGGAUGAGUAUAUCAAUUCAAUGGCUCAAUCGGCGUCUAAGAAUGAAUUGGUUCUUAUGCGCACACAACCAACAGAUAUAAUGAAAAUGACUGUUUUCUAUAGAAUUUGGUGUUUGAAAGAAGCUGUGCUGAAAGCAACGGGCGAAGGGAUAAUGAAAAACCUAGAUCGUUUAGAUUUUAAUCUCAAUACGUCUUCACGCUAUAGACAAGGUUGUUUCAUUAAAGAAACUUUUUUGAAAGAAGAUGAUGUGAAUCAAGAUCAAUGGAUAUUCGAGGAGUCUUUCGUUGAUGCAUCUCAUGUAGUUGCCGUAUGCCGUGAUAAGAAAAUGCCAAGACAGUGUCGUUUGAGGGAUGAUGAAGCUAAAAUCUUCUUUUCUAAGAUAACAUUGGAAACGCUACUGGAAGGAGCUCAAAAAAUAAAUACAUUACCAGACGAUGGUGCAGAUGCUUAUGCUGAACUCAUGGCAAGAAAGAAGAAAACAUUUUGA